GAGAGAGAGAGAGAGAGAGAGAGAGAGAGAGAGGGAGAGAGAGUGAGUGAGUGAGUGAGUGAGUGAGUGAACUGCUGCACCUGUGGCUUAACAGUGGAAUGUCAGCACAAUGAAAGACUUCUGAAAAAGGUUAGACAAGGAGUGAUAAAGAAAAAGCAAAGGCAACCACGAUUAAUGCACCUAAGCUCCGAUAUGGCUGGAUAUUUUAAGAUCUGAAAUUGCCCUGCUCCAAGAUACUGACCACAACUUCAUCAAAUAGGUCUGCCACUAGUCUCUGCGUGUGCCAUGGCUGACCCCAGCUGGUGGAGACUGACCUUUACACGCAAGAAGAAGUCAGAGGCCAAGGUCCUAUAUGAGAUCCCAGCAGAGUACGGCAGCAACACUGGGAACAAGGAGCACUCCGGCAAUCCUCCUUGCUCAGACCCUAUGGACAGCCAGUUCAAUGCACGUCUGGAGAAAAUAAUGGAUAAGUCUGCGACCAAAGGACGGCAUGUCAAAGUGUCUCACUCCGGUCGCUUCAAGGAGAAGAAGAAGAUCCGUGCCGCGCUGGCCGAGAACCCCGACCUGUUCCCCCAGCAUGACCUCAGUGAUGAGAACCAUAUGGCGGAGAAAUAAAAAUUAAAAACACUUUCACAUUAAUAUACACUUAAGAUUUUAACAUUUACAUACACAGGCAAGCAAGACCCACAACACACACACACAGCCAUAUUGGCAUUCAAUAUAAACAGAAAAAAGGCACAUAGUAACCACUGAAAUCUUCCUCACACACCUAUACAAACAAGUUAUCAAUUGAGCACCAUUGUAUAACUUAGUAUAUUCCACCUUCAGUCAACCUUUUAUGAACAUGUGACUUCUGAUGAGAAGACAUUUGUUAGGCUAUAAAGAUGUGUGGAUAAUCAAUCCACGGAAGAUAUUUUUUGUUUAUAUUCUUCCAGAAAAUUUGUAUGCAUUUAAUUCACAUAACAUGGAUUGAUGUUGGUUUUAGGAGUUGUUUUUAAUAAAUGUGAAUGAUGUCUUGAA